GGGCUGCAUGAAAAAACAAAGUUUUUCCUUCGCAGCUGCGGUCGUGAUGCCUCAUGUUCACCGACAGGAGGUCACACUUACCAACUUUUUUUUUAACCACUACAUCACUGCAUCACAACCAAUGGGAGAGUUCAUCGCAAAACCAAAAUGUAAACGGGGUGACGUUGUUGCUGGCGUAGGGCUGCAGUUUGAUGGCUCCUACUAAAUGAAUGCAGAGGGAAUGGACGAGCAAGACACACUCCUGGUCAGACAGUGCGCACUGCUGACCUCCGCUCACACUGUUAGUUCACCAGGAUUUCUUAUCAGAAUCUCACCUCUGAGGAUUGCCGCCUGUUUGGUUUUUCUUUGCAGGGAUACGCGUUGGUUGACCUCUCUAACUGUAUUCUUUAUUAUAGGACACGAGUGAGGACACAGCAUGCUGUCGUCCCUGAAGACCCUGCUGCUGCUCUCGGUCCUGUGCACACCGACCUCCAGCCUGUGCCUCCGCCUCUACCAGACCCGCUCCGACCUCCUGUGCGACGACCAGAUGGCUGUCGGGGUCCGGAGUGACGAGGACGAGCCGGUCUACUCCCCCGUGGACGGCUGGGGGUCGCUCCUGCAGUCCGCGGAGUACCUCACCUCCUCCUCCUCCUCCUCUUCCUCCUCCUCCGCGUCUUCUGACGAGUCCAGCCGCGAAAAAAGGACCUCAAGUCCCGCAAACUACCGCUUCAUGAGCAGGACGAAGCUCAGAGGGCAGAUGCUCCGUAACAGCAACAAAGGGGACCGGAGGAGCAGACUGACCCUGUCCCUGGACGUCCCGACCAACAUCAUGAACGUCCUCUUUGAUGUGGCUAAGGCCAAAAACCUGCGAGCCAAGGCGGCCGAGAACGCACGUCUCCUGGCGCAGAUUGGACGGAGAAAGUGAACAUGUUGGACAACUUUCAUUUAACAGACAGCCAUGACCAGUGUUGGCCUCGUUACUCAGCUGUAAUGAAUUAUUUCUUAUUCACUUUUAAAGUAAUUGUACUGAUUUGUUUCUCCAGGGCAACGAUAUUUUUCUUUUCAAUACCCACUCACAUUAAAGGUAUAAGAAGCAUUUCUAAUAUCGCGAUAACUUAGUUACCCUCAUGUGAAAGGUCCUUGGGAUCAAUGUCUCACAUCAUCUUUUUUUUCCUCUAAUCAAAACACUGGGAAAAUCUCUAAUGGAGACAAUAAACGACGUGAACUAAUGAAACUGCGACUAAAAUUUGGAUGAUAAAUACUGUUUUUGUUUCUUUGUUUUGUUUUGUUUCAAAUUCACCUUUAACCUUUUAUUUAUGUUAGGUGAGAGUAUUCCACUUGUUUCUUUCGCUGUGUCAGACAUUUUCCAGUAUGUGUCAGUAUCUUGAAUCAAGACAGAAUAAGGUCAAUUGCAAUAUGAGGACAAAGUCAUUUCACUUGUAUCAAGAUGAUUGAUUUCAUUCAAGAUUAGACAUGUAGUUUUGCAUUGGAUUCUUGUCAAGUCUGAAAAUGAGACAUUAUUAUUAUUCAAGACUCACGUUGGACAUUGCAAUAAAGGACUUAUGUUUCUUCAUCUCAGUAAAGAUAAGCCCUUAGAUUUUCUUUUUCAGUAAAAUGAAUGCUUAAUGUGUUUAGUUUACCCUGGAGUCAUCAAAUUUUAAAUUAAACAAGAACAAAGCAGUUGUGAUUAGCAAUUCUUACGUCCUUAGCAAAAGACCAAUGAAAUGUUUUGUGAUUCUGUUUCAUAAUCAUAACAUUAGAUUUGAUAUGAUUACAGUUAUUUUAGUUUUUUUUCCUCUUUGCGGCUUCAUUUAUGAUUUUAUUGAAGGGAGCUUUGUUGUUCAGAAGUUCACACAACACAACACUGACACUAAACUACUGUACAAAUCAACUGCAAGAUCAUCAAAUACAGUAAAAUGCCAAUGCAUGAGAAUGUAUGUGUUCAUCAGAUGUCUGUUAUUUUUAUACUCAAAAUAAAGGAUUAUUUUUCCUCAAAUAAAGCAGAUGUACCUAACUACAUUUGCA